GUGGUUUUCGCUGUUCGGCAGGAGUACGUGCUUCUUGGAGAUCAGCUUCUGGUCCUGCAGACAGGAGACGAAGUUGCCAUCAUCCCACCAAUUAGUGGAGGCUGAAUCUGUGCAAGUUCUGUUAGACUUUCCUGCAAGGCAGGAGCCUAUGUGCUUUAGAAAGAGAUCUUCCCAUGCUGUUUGCACUUACUGUUCUCUUAGCAAGUCUGCUGAGAAGUGAACUUGCCAUGAAGACUGGUCUCUUGUGCCCUUCUAGGGAGCCAUGAAUGAAAGAGAGGAUGUGCCGAAAGAUUUUAUCAAGCUCAAGUCUGAAAAGCUGUCUGUAGAUGAAGUGUCAGAACUGGUCAUUUCACCAUGUUGUGGGGCAGUGUCUCUUUUCAUUGGUACUACGAGAAAUAAUUUUGAAGGGAAAAAAGUGAUUCGCUUAGAGUAUGAAGCAUAUACUUCAAUGGCGGAGAUGGAAAUAAAGAAAAUCUGCAGAGAUGUUAGACAGAAGUGGCCAUCAGUCAAACAUAUUGCAAUGCAUCAUAGACUUGGCGUGGUUCCAAUAACAGAAGCAAGUGUAAUUAUUGCAGUCUCGUCUCCACACAGAGCAGAAUCCCUUGAAGCUGUAACACAUUGCAUCAACACUUUAAAAGCAUUUGUCCCAAUAUGGAAAAAGGUAUGUUUGGUUCAGAUUUGGUUCUAGCCUGUGCAAGGAUCU